AAAAACAAAAAAUUAAGAAUAAUUUUUGGAAUGCUAAAAGUAAAACAUCACCGUAGGUUGUGCUCCAUUAGAAGUUAAUGACUUUUAAGAAAACUCCAUUAAACUCUUUAGAUAAAUUUGUACGAUGUCAUUCGAGAGUAUUUCUUUGAACAAUAAUAAAUCGAUAUUAAGGAAAAGUUCAGCAAUUAAGUACACAGCAUCGGUCUCAUCGCUAUCCAACUAUGCUGCUACACCCAAUAUUGGACGUGUGGAUGAGAACCAGCAAAUACAGCAAAACAUAAAACAAUAUCGUCACCAAAUGGCACCACUGAAGAAAGCGAUUACGACACCCAUAAAGCAACAGCAACAGCCAUUGCAACAAAAUGGCGGUAUCAAUCCACAAUCCUCAGUUAAUGUGUACAAAAGGGCAGCGGCAACGACAACAAUAAUUAAGUCGAAGACAGCGAAUAUCAGUUCCGUAGCAAUGCCGGCACCCACUAAAUCGCAAGAAAACAAAUUCAAGCGAAAGUCUGCGAUUAGAGACACGGAAACUUGUUCGGUUAAGACUUUGAACGAUUGUGUUGCGAGUAUUGAUGUGUUCGAGAACGGGUUUGCGACCGAUGCUGAGAUCUAUGAGCGUCUUGAGUGGUCGGCGGCACAGUCUUUAGUUGAAAUGAAUUCUAAGGAUAAGCAGCGUCGCAAUGCACGUUUGCAGCUAUCAACAAUAGCAACAGUUCAUCCUCAACCAGAAGUGAAAAAGGAAAAGGACGCACAAGAAGAUUGGCAAACAGAAUAUUUUUCUACAAACUCUAGUGCUCCUGUAAGUUAUGGCAAUUUACGCUUGAAGCCUCUUAUGAAUGGUCGUUUGCCAAAUGAAGACAGUAAAGUCAUCUUUUAUGCUCCACCAGCUAAUGGUGUUGGUCGAAAUAAUAAAAAUAAUAAUAACAGCAAUAAUAAGAAAUUUAAUACUUUACCCACAGUAUGCACAAUUAAACAAGAACAACAGGACAUGUCUAUACUUUAUCGCGAACACAGCGUCGAAGAAACUGAAGCCGCCCAUGAUCUUCUUUCUUUGUCACAGAGUCUGCCACCACUGACGCCCCCUUGUACCGUCACCUUGAUGCACCAGGAAGCGUCAAUCAAAACAACUCAUCACUCAACUGUUAUGCAAGAAAUAUCCAGUGCUUCCAACCAACAAACACAAACAUAUUAUCCAAAUGCGCAUGUCAAGAACCAUAAUAACACUAUAUAUGACAGCAAGCAUCUGCAGCAUGGUACUUCUAAAAUACGCUACAUUAGUAGCAAUUAUGAUAGUCAAGUUGGCACAGAGAAUUCCAGCAAUUGUUCACCAUUGACACCACCUAACUCAGACCAUUCCUCAGACUUAGACAUUGACCUGUCGUCAUCCUCAGAUUCAGGUCAAUCAAGCCAACAGUCACCACAACUGUGGCAAGGUGAAGGUAUUAAAUUAAAGCGCAACAACUCUAUUGACUCUGUUAAGCUAGGCCUUAAUAUAUUAGACGGACGCACAAAAGCUUCGAAAGGCACCAAAGAAACCGACGGCCGUUCCGAUACAUAUAAAAAGAAACGAGGUUGUUAUAAGUGUUCAGAGUGCGGUAAGCAGUACGCUACGUCCAGCAAUUUGUCGCGUCACAAGCAAACUCAUCGCUCACUGGAUUCGCAAUCAGCUAAGAAAUGCAAUACAUGCGGCAAGGCUUACGUUUCGAUGCCAGCACUCGCAAUGCACCUAUUGACACAUAAACUUUCGCAUAGCUGUGACAUAUGUGGUAAACUCUUCUCUCGCCCUUGGCUAUUACAAGGUCAUCUGCGUUCUCACACCGGUGAAAAGCCUUACGCCUGCGCACAUUGCGGUAAGGCAUUCGCUGAUCGCUCCAACUUACGCGCACACAUGCAGACGCACUCGGGUGACAAGAACUUCAAAUGCAACCGUUGUCAGAAGACCUUCGCCCUCAAAUCCUAUUUAAAUAAACACCUGGAAUCGGCGUGCCUGAAAGACGGCGUCAUAAAUGCGAAUGUGCUUCGCAGUGGACUUGAAAAUUUUGGGGAGAGCAUUGAUUCAGGUAAAAAAAAUGAAGAAGAAGAUAAAGAAAAUAAUAAUUAUUGUGAGAAAACAAAUUUCUUGAGAUACUUGAAUAUAUGUACUAUUGAAGAAAUGGAAAACAUAAAGAAACAAAUGCAAGAAAAUAAGCAAGUCAAAUGGAAGUUAAGAAAAACUAAUAAAAAUACUCAAAAGAUGAACAAGUAAACAAAAUAGAAACGAAUAUAUAGAAAUAGAAGAAAGUAAAAACCAAAAUAGAUCAUAUGAAAAUAAAAUGAAAGAUAACACAGCAUGGACGAACCAAUCAAAUAUUAACAAAACUUAUUAUUAAAACUUCAAAGAGAAGAGAGAUGACAAAAAUAAUAAAUAGAAGGGAUAAAAAGUUAAGAACCGAAAAUUUAUAUAAAAGACAAUGGAAAUAUAUUGAAAAAUAUAGUAGAUAAAUGAAAUAAUUAGAUAUGAGAUAAAAUAAUAUUGAAAAUCGGAAAUCGAAAAUCGAAAAUCUCUGAAAAGCUGAAGAUGCAUUUUAGAAAAGUACGAGUGAAUUACAGUACCAGUUAAUAUUCAUAUUACGAUUUUUUAUUAGAUCAUAUAUAUUUAGGCAAAAUAAAAACCA